AUGGAUGUAACAAUUCUUCAGUGGAAUGCAAGGUCAUUUAUGUCUAAUAGAAGUAGUUUAGAAUAUUUUUUGUCAUGUCAGGAUAUAUCAAUCUUGGCUAUUACUGAAACCUGGUUUCAGAAAGAGAAAACUUAUGUAUUUUCAAAUUAUAAUAUAGUGAGAGAGGACAGAGAUGAUGGAAAAGGAGGUGCGGCGAUAUUCGUGCAUCGUAACCAGCCAUAUAAUGUGGUAGCAAUUAAUUUAGGAUCUUUGGAUCCAAAAAGAUGCCAAAGUUGUGGAAUUUACUUAAUGGUAGAAAAUGUUAAAUUAUACGUUAUUUCUAUUUAUGUUGCACCUAAUUAUUAUAUCUCAGUAAAUGAGUGGAAUGAUUUUCUUUCGCGAUUGCCCAAACCCGUUAUUCUUUGUGGAGAUUUCAAUGCACAUCACUUUUCAUGGGAUAGUAAUUUUAGUGACAAAUAUGGUAAUAAUUUCUUAGAGGCUAUUGAAAACAAUAAUUUAUAUAUUCUCAAUAAUGGAAAGCCUACCUUAAAAUUUAAAAAUAAUAUGUCAGUAGUUGACAUCUCUUUGUGUUCGCAUAAUUUUGCGCACAGAAUAGACUGGAAUGUAUGUGAUGAUUCAUUAGGGUCGGAUCAUUAUCCAAUUUUGCUGAAGUUGAGAGGUGUGCCAAGAACAAGAAAAUAUAAUCCAAGUUGGAAUUGUAAAAAAGCCGAUUGGACAAAAUACCAGUCAGAGAUAGGAAAAAAUUUGGAGAGUUUUAAUAGCAACGACCCGGUUCGUGCGUAUGAUUUUUUCAUAAAUGCUAUUAAUUCAGCGGCCAGAAAAAGUAUUCCGAUAAAAAAUGGGGACCUGAAUGCUAAAUGUGCUAAACCAGUAUGGUGGGAUGAGGAGUGUGAUAAAUUAAUAAGAGAGCGCAGAAAGGCGGAAAAAAUAUAUAGACAAAAGUCUAGUUAUGAAAACUUUGUUGUAUGUAAUACUAUUAACAGUAAUAUUGUUGAAAGUUGUGGAUAG